UACUUAACCAAGCUGGGACCCCCAGCUGGCCUCGACUCUCCCCCAUCUCUUCUUGGUUGUCAACCACGACAUCCCGUUGUCCUCCUGUCCCAUAUACCGCCUGUCCUCUCCACUCUCUGUCGAAAUGAUACCCGUUGCCAUGGUCGGCAGCCACAUGCCUGGCAUGUCAGCUGCUGGGUAUAACAUGACCGACGCCCUGUUCGAGGAGCUCUCGCGACAGCUGUCCACUGUCACAAGCCGGAGGUUCUCAAGAGGGUCAAAUGGUCAACUGUCAGGCAACUCCAUGCGGGUCAUGAAACCGAGGAGCGCGAACAACAGCCCGAGGUCGACUACAUUGCAGGACCGGAGGAAAGCGAUCUUGAAUGACGGCCAGCUCCAUCAGCACAGGGCCCGACCAGCUAUCGACAACGCCUACAUGCCUACUUCUGGCUACCAGAUGUCCUCGGAGAAUAUGCCGGGUCCUAGUCAACUCCCAACGCGCCCACUCAGCUGGCAUCCUUCGUCUCAACAGGCGCAGCCACAUCCCCACGCGUCUCAACAACAACAACAACAAACGGAACUGCAGCAGCCGCACCAGCAGGAAUACCAGCAUCAACAGCCAUUGAUGCACUAUCCCUUCCCGUCUUACACCGAACCCGACCUCGCGAGCCUUCGCAACCUACCUCCCACGCCAGCCGUAUAUUCCGGCUACACUUCACCCGCAUCCGCCUUUUCACCGCUGUCACUACCCUACUCAGGGUAUGAGCAGCAACAGCAGUCCUACUUCUCACCGACAGGCUGGACAGUACCUGCUCAACAACAGUCCUCCGUACUGCCCCUGUCGCAACAUCCUCGGGAGCCCGACUUCAACCAACGAAGCCCGCCUGAACAGCCUUCGUCCCACCUAGAAUGGAACUCCUUCGUCGCGCAUGGUUUUGAUCGGUGCACGGCGCCACCCACGCCCCAAGAUUUUAUUCAAGCCCAACAACCAGAACCGAGGCUACAGUCGGAAGAAUCUAUUCCGUACGAGCCGCUUGAAGAGGAGUCGGACGGCGAAAUCCUCUACGGGCUUGGGCUCUAUGACACACCGGAGAAGGCGGCGGAUCCACAAAUAGACUACCACCGAUCGGUGGUGUCGUCCCUGCUCGGAAGCGCCUACACGUACCCAGAACCGACGGGCAAAGGCUUGAAGCUGGAAGAUGCUUGGGAACCUCCAGCGGACUCGGAUGAAGAUUCCCAAGACGGCUCCGAUGACGCCGAAGGAGAGGAGCAAGACGACUAAGCGCAACUUAGACGACGAAACAAUGGACGAAUAGACAUGGCCCAUUAGCGGCCCGCCUGCCUGGGCGUCACGAUUGGGAGGAGUUACGAACAUCAUUUUCAGCGGCGUCUUUCUCGAGCUUGUGUUUUCUAAUCACACGAGACAUGCUUAGAGGAACUGGGAAAACGGUUGGCGCCUUCGGUUGAAGCGAGGCGAUACCCCUUGAUGUUUUAUUAUUAUCAUUAUUGUACUGUAUACAUCACGGACUCGAGUCCAGAAUAAAUCUCAAAUUUCUGUAUGUUGUCAAAAUGAACUGGUUCC